AUGAGUCCUAUAAUAAACUCGUGCAUUCUCUGCGGAUCCUACAUCGGGGAUUCUGGCGAACCGGACCCUUCUUGGGAGGGCUUGUUCCGCAUUUGUGAGGCCCCAUUCGACUCCUCUCUCACCGUCACGGGGGUCGGCUUUGCUAAUAACCCCGGAGCUGCUCACUUGGUAGCUCCUCUUGACUUUGGUGCACGCUGGGACACCUCAGAUUCCCGCGUUUCAAUUGAUGUCAUUUGGCAGCAGUCAUCACUUUUGGAGCAGGCCUGUUCACCGAAACAGAUCCCCCACAGACGUCUAUUUAAAGUUUAUCGCUCGCUAACAUAUUCGAAUCGAAUGGGCUGUGUUACCUGGGAUCACGGGUUCGGGGGACUUUUCUCCGAAUACCUCUUCGUCGACCAAGAGCUCACUUUUGCGAGUUCUAACCCCUUCCAUAUGCCGGAAAUUCAGCAGCUCCUUCACGAAAGUCCUACGUCGCUAGAUAUCUCCAGAAUGAUAUCGACAGGUACUAAUAUCUUUGCUCACUUUCCACUGGAAAUCAUCACCUCCAUUUCGCUACAUCUACCUACAAGCGACUAUCUAAGCGCCCGCCUGGCUUUACGAUCAUUUUAUCCCGCUUCUAGAUUUCUGCCCGGCGCCGAGCGCUCUUGGGUUUUUAAGUCGCAAGAUUGGGACGUGGCUUGCGAUUGGUUGUGGUUAUACCGCCGCACAGUCAAUGGCUCGCCCGGAAUAAAGAACCGCGAGAGGGUGUGGCGUUUGGCUAAGGAGGUCUUGGAAAUACUAUCCUUAGAAUGGAUUAAGCCUAUUUCAUUUCCGAAAAACGAUAUCGACAACGUCGAUUGGCUAGAGGCAGCCGCAGACGUACGUUCCGUCAGAGAAAGGCCGUGUCUGGGAUUCGGAGGGGGCUGCCGUCGUUUUCAUGAGAGGCAGGCAAUCAUCCCCCUAGACCAACUCUCACAUUUAGCAUUUUCUCUUAUUCAGAAUAGGGGCGCCACAUACAUUACGGGAAUCACGUUCCAUCCAAACCAGGGCCAACCUAUUUGCUUAGGAUACAUGUCAGAGACGCAACGCAUUCUAGACAUCAAAUACCUAAGCGGAUUUCGCUUGGCUAUUAGAUCAAGAGGCAUCCAAGGCAUCCGAUGCAUUCUCGAUCAUGAUCGAGACUCACCAUGGAUAGGGUGUCCAGAGAAUGCCCCACAGACGGAACGUCUGUUGUUAUCUGACCCUAUCACUGGCAUAAAGGCUGGAUUCGAUGGUUACAAGAUGGUUAGCCUGGCAGUUACUAGUCGACUUACCCCAGGGCAUGGUAAUCUACGUGGUUCGGCUUUCUGGUAUCCUCGGGUUCCCGAACCAGGCCUAUGUCUAAACGAGAACAGCUUCACGGCGCGAGAGAACGCCAUGAACAGAUACGAGCCAAUCUGCUGGACGAUGUUCGGAGGGCCCGCAGGCACGUAUCUCCACAUGUUAACCGGAAUAUCAGUCACUAUCGAUAUAGGCUGCCCAAGAACUAUUGAGUUCCACUACAACAGCGACAACGUACCCCCGGAAUGCCGCAAAGUAGGGAGAUACACCGCUUCCGAUUACGCCGAAACCAUGUACUUUGAGAUCGACGGGCCCGGUAGAGAAGUCCUUGAUUCUUUGACAGUUUGCAUUCGUCAACAUCCCAACCAUUUCCGAUAG